CUCUUCCUCGAGCGAACAGCCCGGCCAAGUUGCAGAGUGCCGCUCAGCCUCGACCGCGCGGCUGCCGCUUGACGCCGGGGGUCCCUGCAGAGGAGCGCCCGCCCGCCCGCCAGCCUCCAUGUGCUUGUCCGCUGCGUGCUGAGAUCGUGCCAGUUCCCCCCCUCCCCUUACCCCUUAACCCCCUUCCACCAAACCGAAGCACCGAACCGACCAUGUCCAACCCCAACCACGACCCCUUCUACUCGUCCCCCUUCGGACCCUUCUACCGGAGACACUCGCCCUACAUGGUGCAGCCCGAGUACCGGAUCUAUGAGAUGAACAAGCGGCUCCAGACGCGCACCGAGGAAAGCGACAGUUUGUGGUGGGAUGCCUUCGCCACAGAGUUCUUUGAGGAGGACGCCACGCUCACGCUGUCCUUCUGCCUGGAGGACGGACCAAAGAGAUACACGAUUGGACGGACGCUGAUCCCCCGUUACUUCAGCACGGUGUUUGAGGGCGGCGUCAGUGAGCUGCACUACAUCCUCAAGCACUCCAAGGAGUCCUUCCACAACUCGUGCAUCACGUUGGACUGCGACCAGUGCACCAUGGUCACUCAGCAUGGCAAGCCCAUGUUCACCAAGGUUUGCACGGAAGGUCGCCUGAUCGUGGAGUUCGCGUUCGACGACCUGAUGAGGAUCAAGACGUGGCACUUUACCAUCCGGCAGUACCGAGAGCUCAUCCCUCGCAGCAUACUGGCCAUGCAUGCACAAGACCCUCAGGUGCUGGAGCAACUGUCCAAAAACAUCACGCGCAUGGGUUUGACCAAUUUCACCCUCAACUACCUCAGGUUGUGCGUCAUCCUGGAGCCCAUGCAGGAGCUCAUGUCCCGACAUAAGACGUACAACCUCAGCCCACGCGACUGUCUCAAGACAUGCCUGUUUCAAAAGUGGCAGAGAAUGGUGGCGCCACCAGCUGGACACCCGCAGAACUUCAAAACGGAAAUAUUCCCCACCAAUCACAAAAAAGGUCGCGCCAAAGCUGAGCCCGCCCGACAGACCACCACCAAGCGGAGGAAACGGAAGAACUCAGCCAGCAGCGCCAGCAGCAGCGUGGGCGCCGCCGCCGGCAAGAAGCGCAGCCCUGCCACCAACUUCAGCCUCUCCAGUCAGGUACCUGACGUGAUGGUGGUGGGCGAGCCCACGCUGAUGGGCGGCGAGUUCGGUGACGAAGAUGAGCGUCUGAUCACGCGCCUUGAGAACACGCAGUACGACGCCACCAACGGUCUGGACGAUGACGACGACUUCACCAGCUCGCCGGCGCUGACCAACAACGGGCCGUGGAGCAGCAAGGCGCCCAAUGGUGGGCCUGAUGGCAAAGCGGAGAACACGGCGCCGCAGGCCUCGCAGUAGGAGCAGCACUUGCGGAACAAUGACAGCAGUAAUAGCCACCGCGACCGGAUUAAAAAACAACAACAACAAAACAAAAAAAAAAACCUGUAAAUGUUACAAAACAAUAGCAAGGUGUGGACUUGUUUUGGGGAAAAGAGAAGCUUUCAGUGGACUAUCGCCGCUGUGAUUGGUGGACAAGAGUCACAUGACAUCACACAGCGGCACUUGAGGAAUCUGUUUUGUUGUUUUUAAAAAGAACCAGCUUACAUUGUUUGAGGCUACUGCCGAUACUCUCUUGCUUUUUUCUGUUUCAAAUUAGCAAGAAAUAAAAGUCCCUUUGUUUUGGUUUUAGGCAGUGCAGUGGUUGAGUGGGUAAUACAGCCAGUUUUGAGGUUUCGAUUCAAAUCUUGAAUCUUGGGUUUCUCAUACAUCCCAAAAACGUGCAUGUUAGUUUCUUUGAACAUUAAAUUAACCAUAGGUGUGAAUGAUUGUCUAAAUGUGCUCUGUAAUUGGCCAAGAACCAGUGCAGAGUGUAUCCCACCUUUCAGCCGGGGUAGGCUCCAGCUCACCCAACAAUAUGGCAAAGGGAUCACCCCCACACACUGGUUACCACCAUUUCCAUUCAAAGCGGUUGGAUUCGGCCUCCCGCUCUGUGAUUUUGUUAAUUUAAAAAAAAACGAAAACGACUGUUUUUGCUUUAAUUUUCCCAAACUGCAUGAUUUUAUAGGGUUUCCUCAAUUUUUUGGGUUAAUUUCAUAUAUGUGCUUUAUAAAAAAAAAAAAACACAUGCACACAACAAUCUGAUUGUCCUCUAUCCAUUUGGGAAGGUUUGUAAGUGUAAAUAGAAGUCUAUUUUGUCCAUGAGCCACAGAAAGCAUUUUGGAAACGGCAGCUGUUUUGUUUUCUACGGGAGGUUCCAUAUUUGUCCAGGGUGUUCAAAAUUCCCCCGGUGCCCCUAGCCCCUACUAUCCUCUUUUAGCUAGUGCACAACCAAAGCAACAAUUUAACACAUUUGCAUUUCUUGUAUAUUUGGUGACGACACAGGUGCAGAUCAAAAUGAAGCCACCCUGCAGAAAUGCUGCGCCGUCCCUUUAAUUGUGUUCACAAGCUUCAUUUGAGUCUCUACUACUUGAUUUACUCUGCCUCCAAAAGUUGUGAUUUCUCUGCCUUAUUUUCUGUAAAGUUUAUUAUCCGAGCCGAAACAGAGAUGUGUAAGGGGAUUCCAUUAAGCCACGAAGUUCAACACCUAUGUCUCCCACCUGGUUGUGUUAAAAACAGUCAGAAAUGUGAUGUCACACUUCCCGCCUUUGCUAGGUCCCAUUUCAAAACCAGUUAGGAAAUUUUUGCGGGAUCUCUGUGUGAAGGAAGAAACAAUGAGGCUACCCUUUCAUGCAGCCUGUCAAAAGCUGAAUCUUUCCUCGUUUUUUUUUCGAUGUCUCUGUUCUAUAAAAAUGUAAGAAUGACAGAAUGAAAUGGCGAUUUGCCAUGAAUGCAAGUAAAAUCAGGGCCAUAACAGAGAUGGGACAACAGCGGCCUGUUAAGGAAUUCACAACUUACCUGACAAUAUGCCACCUUUGCUAGGUUCUGUGUAAAAGGCAAAGACAGAUCUGUUACGGCUCUGAAUUCACAACUGACCUGACAAUAUGCCACCUUUGCUGAGUUGUGUGUGAAAGGCAAAGGCAGAUGUGUUACGGCUCUGAUCUCUGUCAUCUGAGACAGGAAACACAGGCAAAAUCUCACCUUUGCUCAGUUCUGACUAAACACCAAAGGGGGAUAAAUGUCAGUUUGUUCCUUGUGCUUAAGCUCUGAUGAUGAAAUUUUGCAGGGUCUUUGUGUAAAAAGGGGCUGCACUGAAGCUAACCUUGUGAACCAGUUGCCCUUUUUACACUGAUUGCGAAAAGCUGAUAUUUUUUUCUCAACAACAUCAAAUAAAGGCAGAUACUUGACAGAUUGCAAGACACCGCAGACAACAGCGGCAAUAAGAUAUUGCGUUGCUGUUACGGCUCAAAUUUGGUCGUUUUUUGCAGGCUCUCUGUGUGAAUGUAGGCUUCUCGGUUGAACUUUUCCCAAGAAGACAAAAGGCGCAUGUCUUCACACGACUGCUUAUUUAUUUGUGCAAUCUUUUUGUAAGGAAGCAAAACACACACAUUUCUGAAUAUGUUUGAGGCUAGUAUUAUUAGACACCGUUUGUACUAUAUAUAGCAGAGGUGUUCCGUGUCAUAUCUGAUGUCUGGUAUGUAUGCUUUACCAUUAACUUGUGCCAAUAAAACCGUGCUU